AUGACUUAUUCUAUGGAUCAAUUCGCCGAGUUGUACAUGAAUGAGAUAGUACGGCUACAUGGGACACCGUACUCUAUUGUGUGUGAUCGAGAUGCUCGGUUUACAUCAUCGUUCUGGGAGAGUUUGCAGAGAGCAAUGGGAACUCGGUUAAAGUUUAGUACAACUAUCACCCAGAAACGGAUGUGCAGACAGAAGUCUUAUGCAGACCUAAACCGCAAGCAUGUUGAGUUUGAAGUUGGUGAUCAUGUAUUUCUGCGUGUGACUCCUAGGAAAGGAAUUUCGAUGAAGAGGUUUGGCAAGAGGGGAAAGCUAAGUCCUAGAUAUGUCAGACCUUUUGAGAUUUUGGAUAGAGUGGACAAUGUGGCUUACAGGGUAGCUGUACCACCAUCAUUGUCCGGGGUGCACAAUGUAUUUCAUGUGUCACAACUUCGAAAAUAUGUAUCCGACCCAUCGCAUGAGCUGAGCUAUGAGACCUUGGGUUUGCAGGAGGAUUUGUCAUUCGAUGAGCGUCCAGUGAAAAUACUCGAUCGAAAGGACAAAGUCCUAAGGAAUAAGACCAUUUCCUUGGUAAAGGUAUUGUGGAGGAACAAUGUUGUUGAGGAGACAACCUGGGAAUUAGAGUCUGAUAUGCUGCAGCAGUAUCCCGAGUUGUUUGAAUAA